AUGCCGCGCUCUUUCCUGGUGAAAACGCACCCCAGCCACAGAGUCCCCAACUAUGGGCAGCUGGAGACGCAGAGAGAAGCUAAUGGUUCCUGUUCUCCAUGUGAGGAGCUGAUACAGCCCCCCUGCCCCUCAGACAAGGAGGCUCCUUCCAUGCCUUGUGACCCUCCACGGCUCUGGGACAGCACCUCUGCCAUUGCCUGUGUCUCGCUGCCUCUCCUGCAGCAGCAUGAGGAGGUUCUGGGGCCCUCUGGGUCAGACCUCCAGGAAAUCAGCUGGGUAGGCCCUAGGGCUGGCUGGGCCCCCAGCGUGCCCCUCAAAGACAGCCUGAAUCACCUCAAUCUGCCCCCGCUGCUGAUGCUGCCCACGCGGUGGCCCCCAAUCCUGGGCCCCGAAGUAGACGGUGUAUCAGACAAACAUCUAAGGGCUGAGGAGACACCUCGUGCCCCAGGUGGCUUCAAGUGCAUUCAUUGCCACAAGCCCUAUCACACACUGGCUGGCCUGGCCCGACACCAGCAGCUACAUUGCCACCUGCCAGCUGGACGUGCCUUCACCUGCAGAUACUGCGACAAGGAAUAUGCCAGCCUGGGUGCCCUUAAGAUGCACAUCCGCACCCAUACGUUGCCCUGUGUCUGCAAAGUGUGUGGCAAGGCCUUCUCCAGGCCCUGGCUGCUCCAGGGCCAUAUCCGCACCCACACAGGUGAAAAGCCCUACACUUGCUCCCACUGUAGCAGAGCCUUCGCUGACCGCUCCAACCUGCGGGCUCAUCUGCAGACUCACGCUGGUACCAAGAAGUACCGGUGUAAGGUCUGUGCCAAGACUUUCUCCCGCAUGUCACUCCUGGUGCGACAUGAGGAAGCCAGCUGCUGUCCUGGCCCCUAGAGGCACAGCAAGGUGGAGGGGACAGGGCCAACAGUUCUGGGGCAGCUAGA